AUGAGCACUCGCCGUAACUUGAAGUCCACCAUAAGACAAAAGGUACUCGACCAGGCCAGACGAUUCUCACCAGCCAUGUUCCAACGCACACCGCCGUUCCUCAAUCUGACCUACAUUGCGUCACUUUUGUUUUUGACGCUGAUCAUCAUUGACCAGUGCACCGGAAUAUGGCCAUGGUCGAGCGCACUCGGAGAGCUCAGUCACUUUCACGGAAGAAUAGCCCAAAACGAUAUCCUCUGUGCGCAUAGAGUGAUUGGCAAAGGGACCACACUUCCAGCAAGCAUUUACUUUGCGACACCGCUGUCAAUCACGGCUUAUUUAGCAGAGGCAUCGAAAUUCCACAAGGAAGGAUUUACGCUUGGAAUCAACAACGGUGGACUGCAGAUGAACUCAGUAGGCUUAGUGAUUGGAGGUUCGGGACCAAUACUACCAUACGCCGUUGAAGUAUCUAUCUAUUGUGCUGUUCCUGUUGAUCCUGCUCCUGAGGUUCCUGUUCAACAGUCUAUAUUAUAA